CAUGCACUUAUAAUUAUAUAUAAAACUUUUUCAACUGAUAAAACUGUUCAAACGAUUUAGAAUAAGUUAUAUUUACUAUUAACGCUAUAUUUUGACAUCAACAACUGGUGAAAGUUAUUGCCCACCAGACUAUAUCUAUCUGACUGAGCUCUAAAUAACGGAAGUCGUUGCAGAAAAAUAGUUAGGUAAAGCUUAAAACUAUUAAUUCAAAUGACUAAUAGCAGAAAAGCAUGUCUCAGUCCUUAAUGUAACCGCAAAUAAAAAUAUACAGCAUUCGCUAUAUUUUGGUCUACAUGAGAUGACUUUAAAUACAAAUGAAAAAAGGGAAAAGCAGCAAAGUUGAGCAGAGUACGGCGGUCGAAUUGAGAACAGAUCCAGCGACCGAGGGGAAAAAAUUCCAGUUUUUCCCUUCGCGGAAGUGACGUAAGAACGGCAAUGGCGACUCGCAGUAAGGUUCUGAAUUCACUGAUAACUGAAAUGCACUCUUGGUGUCGUUGUACUUUUUGGUAGUGUUUGUCAUUUGUCCGCGGUAGCGUGCAAAAAUGAGAAGUUUCUGAGGUUAAAAUAAGCCAGUCUUAAAGAGUACUAGAGUCUAGACCACAUAGGGUCAGCAGCCUAGGAAUACCGGUCUGCAACUUGGUUGACUGCCUGCUUUUUGCACAUUGCAUUUUUAAUGUCAAAUUUAUAAUUUGCCAUUUUUUCGUAUUUUAUAUUUUAAUUUUAAUAGGUGAAUGCGACAUCGAAGAACUGAUCUCACACUAGCAAGCCAGUUAACAAGACAGAGCAGUUUGCUUGCUUGGUUCUCAUUCGGACAGGCUAAUCGCAUACGACUCUGUGGUACUUUGUGGUGGUCCUGGGAGGGUGGUCCCCUUUGGGGACUGGCUUCACGCCUGUGUGGAAUAUACCUUCUCUCCCCGCUUCUCCGAUCCCUUUCGUUGUCCCUUUUCUACGUCGUCGACAUGCUGAAGACCCGGCAGUGUUUACUCUGGAUCCGCACUUUCCUCGGAGUCACGUCCAGAAUAUGGGGCUUCAUAUUGUGCAUUCUCAGGAAGCACCUCCGCACGAUCAUCCAGUAUCAGACAGUGCGUUACGACCUCUUACCCCUGUCGUCCAUCUCCAGAAGCCGGCUCAAUGCAGUUAAGAGGAAGGUUCUGGUGCUGGACCUGGAUGAGACGCUAAUCCACUCGCACCACGACGGCGUCCUGAGGCCCAGUGUGCGGCCCGGCACCCCGCCGGACUUCAUCCUCAAAGUGGUGAUAGAUAAGCACCCGGUCAGGUUCUUUGUGCAUAAAAGGCCUCACGUGGACUUCUUCCUGGAAGUGGUGAGUCAGUGGUACGAGCUGGUGGUGUUUACCGCCAGCAUGGAGAUCUACGGCUCCGCCGUGGCCGACAGACUUGAUAACAACAGGAGCAUCCUGAAGCGCAGAUACUACCGGCAGCACUGUACACUCGACCUGGGCAGUUACAUCAAAGACCUCUCUGUGGUACACAGUGACCUCUCCAGCAUAGUCAUCCUGGACAACUCGCCAGGAGCCUACAGGGGCCACCCAGACAAUGCAAUACCCAUAAAGUCAUGGUUCAGUGACCCCAGUGACACUGCACUUCUCAACCUGCUGCCCAUGCUGGACGCACUACGGUUCACUGCAGACGUCCGCUCCGUCCUCAGCAGAAACCUCCACCAGCAUCGACUCUGGUGAUUGGCCCAGUGGGGCUUCUUAUGGCCCAAUCAUGUUUUUUUGGUUUUCUUUUUUCCAUUUUUUUUGAAGCCCUCCCCAUUGACUGCCGACGGAUUCUCCCACACUCCCCCCCACACCUCUGAAAAGUGUAGUGUCUUUGCCCUCCCCCCCUGCCCUGGUGGGGCGCAGGCGCAGGCCCAGAGAGACGAGGCCCCGGGAGAUGAACACUGCCGCUGGCAUUUUCGGGGGAUUCUGGGAGCAGCGGCAGCGGACGCUGGGACAGACGGAGCCCCCGGUUUUAUACGUUUCUGUAGCGGAGUCUUGUCUGUGAAGCCCCUGCCGUUGCCGUCUUGGGCUCCCGAUGUGUUGGUGCGCGCGGGGGUUCGCUGGCUGUUUUCGCUCGGAAAAUGCUGUCAGCACACAGAACUCCUGUCAAGCCAGCCCGUGAGGCCGUCCCCUUCCCCCCACAAGCCCCCACCUCAGUACUUCUUGAUCAUUUGCACCUGAUUUCUGCAUCUCGUUCUUUAGAAAUCAGUUAAAGCACAGCAUAGGCGUCUCUCUAUCUCUCUCCCCACUUCCCUUACUCCAACUCCCCCCCCGUCCCCUAAAUGUGUCUCACUCGUGUCGGCAAGCUCGGCCGGAUUGCUGGGAGGUCCCCGGCUUACUGCGGUGAGGCCAUUCGUGUCGCUGGUCAGGCUGAAUGUUUUUGGGGAGAUCUCCAAUUUUUUUCUUCAACUGCAGUCCAAGUCUCUGGAUGUCUGUAGUUGCUAAAAACUUGUAUUAAGUUCCAGACGGCAUUUAAAAAAAAAACAACUUUCUGAUAAUAUUACUUUCUUGCUAUUUUUAAGGGACUGCUCUGACAAUACACCAAGGCUGAAUGAGCAGGAACAAGACAUGUCAAAAUAACAUGAGUGUGUGAGUAGUGGGAGUGCCGUUUAGCCUCAGUAAUCAGCAGACUUUGUGUACACGGAAUGACACAUGAUUGAAUAAUGUGAUCAGCUUUGUGUUUCCUUUUCAUAAGUUAAGAAAGAGAACAAGACAUGCGUUUUUUCUUACCAAGAACAUGUUUUAAAACGUGUCCCCUUCCUGCCUGUACGCACUCCCCAGGCAAUCGAGAGUUUACCAACCAAGAAGCUUCUCCUGUCAGUCACGCUCUGGGUCUGUGUGUGCUGUUAAAAAUAAAACACUAGCGACUGUUGCUGUC